UGCAGAGCAUGGCGUCCAGACCAGGAGCUUUAGCUCUUUUCACCACACUGAUUCUGCUGCCCACAGGAUCCCACUCUCAGCUAAAUGUGUGCGGGAGAGCGCCCAUGAACACGCGUAUAGUGGGGGGGCAGGAUGCUCCGGCAGGGGCGUGGCCAUGGCAGGCCAGCUUAACACGAGGUGGCCACCAUUUCUGUGGAGGAUCCCUCAUCAACAACGAAUGGGUGCUGACUGCCGCCCACUGCUUCUCCAGCUCCAGCCCCUCAGGUUACGUGGUCUACCUCGGUCGACAGAGUCAAGAGGGCAGCAACCCCAACGAGGUUUCCAGGACCAUUUCUCAGAUCAUCAGGCAUCCCGGUUACAAUAGCGACACCAUAGACAACGACAUCGCUCUCCUCCGCCUCUCAUCCUCCGUCACCUUCACCAACUUCAUCCAGCCCGUCUGCCUGGCUGCAUCUGAUAGCUCAUACGGCGCCGGGACCAAUGUCUGGAAUACGGGCUGGGGCAACAUCAGGAAAGGAGUGCCGCUACCCCCUUCUUCUGGGCUGCAGGAAGUGGUGUCGCCUAUAGUGGGCGCUAGUAAGUGCAGGAGCAUCUACAGCAUCUACAUCACCGUUACAGACAACAUGAUCUGCACAGGACUCACAGGCCAGGGGUUUUGCCAGGGUGACUCUGGUGGUCCAUUCGUGAGUAAGGAAGGUUCAGUCUGGGUGCAGGGGGGAGUGGUGAGUUUCAGCACUGUAUUUGGCUGUGCUCAUACUGAAUUUCCUGAUGUCCUCGCACGUGUAUCACGGUACCAGAGCUGGAUCUCAUCACACAUCACCACGGAUACGCCCGGAUUCAUCACAGUCACCACCGGAUUCCCCUCUCAGCUCGAUGUGUGUGGAAGAGCGCCCAUGAACACGCGUAUAGUAGGGGGGCAGGAUGCUCCGGCAGGAGCGUGGCCAUGGCAGGCCAGCUUAACACGAGGUGGCCACCAUUUCUGUGGAGGAUCCCUCAUCAACAACGAAUGGGUGCUGACCGCUGCCCACUGCUUCUCCACCACCAGCCCCUCAGGCUUAAUGGUCUAUCUCGGUCGCCAGAGAUUGGAGGGCAGCAACCCCAACGAGGUUUCCAGGUCCGUCUCUGAGAUCAUCAGACACCCCAAUUAUAAUAGUGGCAGCCCCAUGAACAAUGACAUUUGUCUCCUCCGCCUCUCAUCCCCUGUCACCUAUUCCAACGCCAUCCGGCCCGUCUGCCUGGCUGCGGACGGCAGUUCCUUCCACAGGGGCACCAACAGCUGGGUCACUGGUUGGGGCACCAUCGGGACUGGAGUGCCCCUCCCCUCACCGAAGAACCUUCAGGAAGUUGAAGUGCCUGUCACAGGAAACAGGAACUGCUUCUGCAAAUACAGUGUACGGGACAUCACCAUUACUGACAACAUGAUCUGUGCCGGACUGGAUGAGGGCGGGAAAGACUCCUGUCAGGGUGACUCAGGUGGUCCAAUUGUAAGCAAACAGGGGGGCAGGUGGAUCCAGUCCGGUGUUGUGAGUUUCGGUAUCGGCUGUGCUUUGGCUGAGUUUCCUGGGGUGUACGCACGGGUGUCUCAAUACCAGAGCUGGAUCAACACUCAGAUCACCACCAAUCAGCCGGGAUUCGUCACCUUCACCUCCAGUGGCACUGACAGUGACCUGACUGCCACCUGCUCCGGCUCACCUCCCGUCACCACGACAACCACUACAACCACCACAACCACCACAACUACAACCACCACAACUACAACCACCGCCACUACACCACCACUGUGUGGGAGAGCGCCCAUGAACACGCGUAUAGUGGGGGGGCAGGAUGCUCCGGCAGGGGCGUGGCCAUGGCAGGCCAGCCUAACACAAUUCGGACACCAUUUCUGUGGAGGAUCCCUCAUCAACAGCCAAUGGGUGCUGACUGCCGCCCACUGCUUCUCCAGCUCCAGCCCCUUAGGUUACGUGGUCUACCUCGGUCGCCAGAGUCAAGAGGGCAGCAACCCCAAUGAGGUAUCCAGGACCAUUUCUCAGAUCAUCAGGCAUCCCGAUUACAAUAGCGACACCAUAGACAAUGACAUCGCUCUCCUCCGCCUCUCAUCCCCCGUCACUUUCACCAACUUCAUCCGGCCCGUCUGCCUGGCUGCGGCUGCUAGCUCAUACGGCGCUGGCACCAAGACCUGGAUCACUGGCUGGGGGAACAUCAGGAAAGGAGUGCCGCUGCCCCCUUCUUCUGGGCUGCAGGAAGUGGUGGCGCCUGUAGUGGGCGCUAGUAAGUGCAGGAGCAUCUACAGCCCUCAUCACAUCACCGUUACAGACAACAUGAUCUGCUCAGGACUCACGGGACAGGGGUUUUGCCAGGGUGACUCUGGUGGUCCAUUUGUGAGUAAGGAAGGUUCAGUCUGGGUGCAGGGGGGAGUGGUGAGUUUCAGCACUGUAUUUGGCUGUGCUCAUACUGAAUUUCCUGAUGUCUACGCACGUGUAUCACGGUACCAGAGCUGGAUCUCAUCUCAAAUCACCACGGAUACACCCGGAUUCAUCACCAUCACCACCGGCAACGACGAGACUACCACGUCUCCUUCUUUCCCAAGCCCUCAUUUCAUUAUGCAACUCUUCUUCUCCUCCUCCUCUUCUCCUCUUCUGUCUGCUCCGAUUCUCCUCCUCUGCUCUGUCACUCUCUCCUCUGUUCUCCUCUCCUAAUUUACUGUAGCUCCUCUGCUCCCCCCUCUUCUCUCCUCCUCAUCUGUCUGCUCCUCUUCUUCUCCUCCUCCUUAUUUGUCUGCCCCUCUCCUCCCUCUCUGUUUUAUCACUCUGUCCUCCUCUACUACUGUACCUCCUCUGCUCCUCCCUCUCCUCUCCUCCUUUCCUAUCUGUUCCUCUUCUCCUACUCUCCUCUUUCACCCUCUUCUAAUAUAGUUCCUCUUAUGAUUCUCCUCUUCACCUCUCUCCCUCAUACUCUUAUCCAUACUGUACUGCCCUCUGCUCCCCCCUCUUCUCUCAUCCUUUCCCGUCUCCUCCUCUCUUCCUACCCUCCCAUCUUAUUCUCCUCUCAUUUCCU